AAUUCCAUCGUAAUAUUAUCGAAAGUCCGAACGUUUAUUAGCGAACGGAACAAAACAUCCUGGCAUUGUCGUCAAUGUCAAGGAUAACUGUGUGUCGUUAAAGGUAUGCCAAAGUAAGGAACUAUUAAAUAGUUAGACGUUAAAGGGAAAGCAAUAUUUCGAAACACGACUGCUUUUACGUGGUAAACGCAAAAAGUAUUCGGCAACAUCCUGCGUCUCGAACGUGUUGCCAUUUCCCGCGAUAAUUUCAUGAUAAUAGACGUGAUAACGAACGGUUCUAACGUAUACGUAUAUGAUGGAAUCCAAACGAAGCAACGCACCAACAAUAACUACGUCGUCCGUCGCCGUCGGAGCGACGGACCAACCGAGAACGAUCGUCUCCUCGACAACUUUGUCGUCUUUCUACCGACCUAACAUGACGCCGGAUAAACGAAGCUGCCAGUCUAUUGUUUAUUGUCGAAUUUGUCACGAAGCAGACGACAGUACCGAGGAAUUAAUAGAUCCAUGCGAUUGCACCGGUAGUUUAGGUUUGAUACACACAAGUUGUUUAGAAAAAUGGUUAUCCUCGUCGAACACCGAUCACUGUGAAAUCUGCAAGUAUGCUUUUGUAAUCGAGAAAAAGAAGAAACCUUUGUGUCAGUCGUGUUACCAAUGGUGGAGCAGUAAAACUGCUUAUGGACCACAAGGAAUCACGGGCGAUGUGAUCUGUUUGAUAGUACUCACGCCUUUAUGCGUAGUGGCUACUUAUUUGUGUGGAAUCGGUGCGAGUGCAUACACACGACUCGGUUUUUGGGAAGGUAUUGGUCUCGCUGUACUUUGUUGUAUGCUUGUUAUUACAUUCUUUUUAUGGCUCAUCAUCACUAUUAGGUUUCAUUGUAUUUCGUUGAUACAAUGGCGUAAACGAAAUCCUGAUGUGAAGCUAGUCGUGAAACAUAAAUCGCAAACUGCUCAUAUAAAAGCUUAUUGGAUAAGCAAUAAUGAUAGAAACAACGAUAGAACUAAUAACAAUCCUUUUACAUGCUUUCUCACUACUUUCGGAGACAACGACGAUUCCCUUUACAAUAUACAACAACAGAUGACAUUCGUUUAAGCGUUUUAAUGAAAUUUUAUCGUUGUGUUAUUUUUUCAUUAAAAAAAAAAGAAAAACGUAAGGAAUAAUCUCCAAGCAAGAGAGCAAUAUGUAUAUUCGCAAAUAUAUCAAGGAAAGACUACAGAAGUCGCAAAAAAUGUGAGAACUCUUCCACGAUACGAAAUAUUUUAUGAAGAAACUAUUUUUAUCGAAUUGUGAUUUCCUUUUUAUUCUUAAGAAUGAAUAUAGUUAUCUUUACUAAGAAUCACGUCGAUUUAGAAAGUAAAAAGAUUUCUUUUAUUUGAAUAUAGAAGAAUCGUGUUAAUAUAAUUAACUAAUCAUAUUAACAUUUUGGAUUAAUGAAAAUCUUAGAAUUGUCAGUACCUGAUCGUAUAAACAAAAUGGUUUUCUUAUAAAGCGAAGAUUUCUUAACUAUUGAUUUUUAAUUAAUAUUGUUUUCUUUAUAUUUAUUUUAAAAAUAAGAUUUUUUAUUAAAUAAUAAUAUCUUAUAGCAUUACAAAAAGAUAUCCGUAUAUUUUUCUAUCGGAACGAUGUAUAAUUUUUAUAAACCUAAUCAUAUACCAUAUUUUCAUAGAAAUUACAUACGUCUUGAUACCGAGGACGGAUUAAUAGAUUUUUUGUUUCAUCUUUGACCUUUUUAACAAUUCGCAAUACUUGUUGGAUAUAAUCAAAGAACUUUCUUUCAUUUCUAGUAAAUGCUCACGCUCUUUAAUACGCAUUAAGAAUCGAUCUUAUGUUUAACAUAGUUUGUACUAGUUGAUCUAACGUUUGAUCGAUUUAAAAAAAAUUUCUGUUCUUCUUAUGAAUUUUUUACAUAAAAAAUAUUAACAAAUGCUUUGUAUAUUUCUCUACAAUAAAGAUGUUAAUUUCUACAUAAAAAAUAAAAAAAGAUGUCUUAAAAAAAAAGAAAGAGAUUAGAUAUUUUUUAUCAACUAUGAUUUCUAAACGAUUUGAAAUGGUUUGAAUUAUUGAUAAUGAAGUACCAGUGAUAUCUCUGAUAAACCGAUCAGUCUUUUACCUAUCAGAAAAGAAUUCGUGAUGGUGAAGAAAAAGAAAUAGCGUCAUUGGGGACAACGUUGCUACCGACUUAGCUCGUCAAGUAAGAAUUAUGCAUAGAUAUAUGGGACAGAAACAGCUGUAGGCGAAUUACAGUUUUAAAUAAUUUAACCUUAGAGACAUUCCGCCCGUAUACGUGGUUAUCAUUGUCAGCGCCAUUGCUUUCUCAUCCAUCGGCUAAGAACCAAGAAAGUUAGCAUUUAUCAGGGUCAUUACUAAGGUCAUCAGCUUCUUAAGAAUCGUCAAUAUAUGUUAAUAGAAUAUGGCGACCAUCGGUUGUUAUAUGGCCUUACCAUAUAUAUAUAGAUAUAUCCGUACUCUGAUUACUUUGACGAAUUUUUUAAACGUUUCCUUUGAAUCGAUUUGCAAGGAACGAAUUCAUUAAAAUUCCAUAUCUAUGCUUUAUUAUUCGGUCGCAUAAAAUGAUGACGAAAGAAAUUUCCUUU